AUGGCGGAGUCGCACAAGAACAGGACUUGGCUGCCGGGCAGACGUCCUUCUACCGCCACGCGCACAAGCGUGGCGCGCGGUGACGUACGUCCCAAAAGGUCUGCCGCGUAUGAAGAGGCCCGUGCGCCCCUUUUGCCGGGUGCCAUCCCUGGAGACUACGAGGUGCUUGGUGACCGCAUGUCCAGCGAGGAGUACGUUCUGUAUCCGUUAGCGGUUUUCCUCUUGGUUGGUUUUGCGCUGGUCGUCAUCUUCAUUUUCAUUCCCCGAAACAACGUGGCGAGGCGCGCCAAUCCCCAUAAACAUGGACUCACGGGCACCUGCGAGUCACCAAGCUGCUUCAGGGACGCGGUCUACCUUAACAGCCUUCUUUCGUGGGACAAACUAGACCCGUGCGACGAUUUCUACGCGUUUGUCUGUCGACAGUGGGAAGGCAGCUACGCAACGCCAUCUCCAGGGUCCUUCGUUUCUGUGGACGACGAUUUUGCGGCUUUCCUCGAAGGUGAAUUUUACGCCUACCUUCAGCAAGAUUCCUCGGGAAAGAACAGCCACCUACAACCAAUCAUCGACCUCCACCGCAAGUGCAUGGACAAAACACGCAUUGAGGAUGCAGAGUGGGAUCCUUUGCUCGAACUGAUGUCUCGCGUUUCUCUCGAUGGAUUCCCACUGACGCCCCCGGUAAGGAAGACCCUCUCAGUGUGGCGAACGGCAGCGAAGAUACUUCGACUAACGGGAAGUGCUGCGCUACUUGGAGUCGGGAUAUGUUCCAAACAUUCAACGGUGCACACCGACAUCGUGUUAAUAGGGCUCCCCGAUAUGAUAACCAAUAAUGACAAUAUCGAUAUAAAUGAAGCCGUUCGCCUUUACACCAGGAGUGCUUUUGCGGCCAUGAAUUCGUUGAAGAAGCAGUACAUGCCACCGUCGUUCACUCUAAGCAUAAUCAAAUUUGCGACCGACCUGGAGAAGCUCGCCGACGUGACGUCCACGGAAAAUGCUUCCUCGGUGGACUCCUUGCGGUCACUGCCGCAGCUUGCCAUCUUCCUGGAAGAGAUUUUCAAGGACGUCAAUUCGACUCUUUACUCCGGCGAAACAACGGAAGCCAUGUUACAACCUGCCCCCGCUGUAAGCGAGAUAAUACAACUCGCUGACGACACCGACAUCGCCACCGUAAUAAACUACCUCGGCGUUCGACUUAUGACUCAGGUCUCCCCGUUCGUCCCGCAAUCUGGACUCGACGAAUUUUAUAGCGCGCUUCUUUACGGAAAGCGUAGAGGCAACUUGCCUCGCUGGCAGCUGUGCCUGCGAGCCGCGGAAAAGGCUCUCCUCCCACUGACGAACCUCGCCGUUCUCACCGAUCUCAACGCGCACGUCUCCAUAUCCGGGCUUCGAAACCUCGCGAAAGAUAUCAUCGCGGAAUUCAAGAACGACAUCGACGCGUCUCCUUAUUUCACGCCAGCGUCCAAAGACAUUAUUCGAAGCGUACUGAACACGACACGCCUGCUAGUCGCCGGACCGGACUGGCUGAACGACAGCGUUGCAAUAGACGCGUACGUUCGGGCGCUCUCGGUGAGCACUGUAAGCGAUAGCAGCGCUCUUGACACCUACGUGAUCUACCACGAGCACGAUUUCCUGACAUCACUCGCUCGGGGCUCGGCGCAGCGUUGGAGCCGUUCCACUUUCAGCACAGACUGUUGGUACGAGCCUUACCCGGACACCAUAUACGUUCCCUUGCUAGUUUUUAACGUAUCGAGAGCCAAGGACGAGGGCGCGGACGCCCUGCAGUUAUCUCGUGCAGGACCCCGUCUGAUGCGCUGCGCCUUCGAUGCGCUCAUUUCCAAGACACGCGCUUCGACAGGAGUGAAUGACCAAUGGCUGGAGGGAGAAACCAAGGCCAAACUACGCGAGGUUGAGGCGUGCCUCGACUCACCUGAAGCUUCGCUGUUGGAUCGCUUCAAGAGAACGCGCGAUGUGCUCGCGGCUAACUUUUCUUUCGAGAACUUCAUUGAGGCCGCGCGGACGUCUCGGCAUCCCCUUGCUCUUAUGCUACCGCCGAACCGUCUUGUGACAGAGCAGCGGCUCUUCUUCAUCUACUUGAUGCUUCAGAGUUGCGAAAAGAGCGGAGGCGCGGAGAACCGCGCUCCCAUCGCGAGUAGCGACUGGAAUAUCGUACUUCGGAACACCGAACAGUUUCCGGUCGAGUUUAGCUGCAGCUCCGAAACUCCCAUGAACGUACAAAAGAAGUGCCUAAAUGUUUAG